CGGGCCCAAAUGACACCCCGACGGGCCCUCUAUGGUCCAUAAGUUCAAAUUGCUCCGAGGGGAUUAUACAACACAGUUACCAUUCGCCAAGCAACCUUAAACCCUUCUGAUGAUCGGACAGCGGCCGAGAACUGUCAACUGGGAAGGACCCGAGUCAGUUAGUGAGAGUUGCGUAUUUCCCGUGCCGUGGCCCGCCGAGAGCCCUCCUGGCCCGGCUCUGCCACAGUCUCACAUAGAACGCUCAACAUCCAGGCGACGAGUAUAAAACAGCAGCCUCGACUGUCGUCCCCUUCAAUUCUCGCUUUCGCACUUCCUCCGAAUCCGUCAAUAACUGCACCACUACGCUCCGCUUCCUCGAGACUUCAGGUCAAUCUUGCACCGCUGCACGCUCCACGCUGUUCAUCAACGCAUAUUAUCAAGUCGUCAAACCACUUCGAAACGAUUCAUCAUGUUCAGCGAAAUCUCUCGAGCCAACAUCCUGGCGGCGGCGGUCUUGGCGUCCACGCUCGGCUCUUCGCUUGGCGCCGACGUUCUCAACGUAGGCACAUACACACUGGUUGGCGGCUUCAACGGCGCCGCAACCGUCCCCAGUUGCGAUAACGCUUGUCUCAAGGAAAUCGGUGUCGCUGGCAAGGAUUCCAAGUACAACAUCCAAGGCACCAACAGCAACUGUGAAUGCAAGGCGAUUACCGUGACGGUCGCAGCAAACGGCGCGAUCUCAGCCAGUUCCGGUCCUAUCAGCAAGGACGGUGGUUCUUGGGGCGUCUCCGGCCAGUUCUCAGCCGGCAGUAAAAGCACCCCCUCGGUGGUCGCUAGCGUGUCUUCUAGCACCUCCAAAGCCCCCAACAAUUCUGCGGGCACUACCGCGACCAGCAACGUGACCGUCUCCGCAAGUGCGACCUCCAGCUCUACGUCAAGCUCAACUACGGGCAGCCCGGCAGCCGGCGCGGGCGGGCGCCGUGACUUGUUCGCUCGCGCAGACCAACCCGUUUACGACACGAUCGUCCUGCAGCUCACCGACUCGGCCAACAAAGUCUCCAACGCAACGUACGUGAAGACCAGCGUGAGCACCACGAUUGCAGCUCCGACUUCUUCGGCACGCAGCCUGGCUGUUUCCUUCGCGCUCCUAUCGGCUGGUAUCGUCGCGGGUCUGGUUGGAAUAUUUUGAGCAUGCAUCGAUCGUUUUCUGAAUUGUCAUGGUUUCAUUCGGUCUGUCCCCAUCAUUUACACUGCCUGGGUCCUUACAAGCUAUAUUUGUUCACCCUUCCACCCUUGUAUCCAAUUGGAAUGCUUUGACUUAUCCCCUAUAACCCCUCCCCUAUAAUUGUUACGUUGUAUUCGAGGUCCGUAUGCGCCGUUGGGUCUUUGUAAAACUUUAAUCCAAAACGUUCAAACCUA